AUGACAAAACCAGCCCAGCCAACUAAGAGACCUAAACCUAUACAAGAAGUUGCAGCAAUAGCAACCAAAAAAGCUAAGUCUGUUAAGGAAACUCCAAAAGUUUCUGCCAAGGGAGCAGCCAAACCCUCUAAGCAGGCUCAACCAGCUAAAGCGACCAAACCAUCGAAGGUUGUUGGCAAAGGAGUUCGGCUAGGUAAGGUAGCUGGAAAUUCUGUAAAGCAGGCAAAGCCAGCACAGCCUAUUAAAGCUACUAAACAACCACAGCAAACUGCUAAACCAGCAGCAAAACAGUCCCAGCCUAAAGAAGGUCAGGCACCAAAGGGUCAGCUUGCUAAACAGAGUCAAACUCCUAAGCAGGGUCAGGCUCAAAAACAAACUCAACCCCCAAAACAAGCCCUACUAGCUGCCAAGACACUGAAAUCAGCAGAGGCUGCAAAGCAGACGCAACCUGCUGCGCAGGCCCAGCCAGCGCAAAAUCACCCAAAUCAAUGCAAAGAGAGAUUCUUGGUGAGAUCCACCAAGGAUAUCUGCAAAUGGAAAAAUGCAAACUCCGAGCCAAGUCAGCUGUAUUUUGGGUAG